GUAAACUCAAGUCAGCCUGACUCAAGUAGGCUGUACAUUGCGAGUAUAUCAAAGUGUUUCGGUCAGUUAACGGAAACAUUUCACAUCAUUUGGACUCGUGGUGUAUUUGUUUUUCAAGAUGCUGAUCAAAGUGAAGACUCUCACUGGAAAAGAAAUAGAGAUCGACAUCGAGCCCACAGACAAGGUGGAGCGGAUUAAAGAAAGGGUGGAGGAGAAGGAAGGGAUCCCGCCACAGCAACAGAGACUCAUCUACAGCGGCAAACAGAUGAAUGAUGAAAAGACGGCUGCGGACUACAAGAUCCAGGGUGGCUCGGUGCUCCAUCUCGUGUUGGCGCUCCGAGGCGGCUCGGCGGCGCCGGGCCGGACCCGCCUCUCCCGUUCGUCCUGAGUGCCACCGCUUUCGGUGUCUCGUCGCCGUCUAACCAUGUUUCAGCACAGAUCUGAAAUCCCACGCGGAAAAAAUAUUAUUAUAAUCAACCGACGGCAAAAACAACAAAAGAGAGAAAAAGGACGUUCUAAUUCCUUUGUAGAUUUUUUUUGUAAACCCACAUUGGCUUUGUGAGUUUGACCAGUUGACGCAGUACUAAAGACAGUUUGAACUCUUUUUGCUUGUGAAUAAAUGCUCAAGUGGA